AUGAAAGGCUCUGGUCUUCCCCUCUGCCUUCUUUCUGCUGUGUUUUAUGUCUUCUGGACACCUUCUGCCAGGCUGAAGACACUCCAUUUGGGAAGCUGUGUGAUCACCACAACUCUUCAGGCAAUUCGAAGUGGAUUUUCAGAGAUACAGGACAGACAACCCAAAGAUGAAAUCAUUGACCUCAGAAUCUUGAGGAAGACUCAGCCUUUGCAAGACCCGAAGCCUGCAGGUCAGUGCUGCCUCCUCCGCCAUAUACUGAGACUCUACCUGGACAGAGUAUUCAAAAACUAACAGACCCCUGACCACCGUAUCCUCCAGAAGAUCAGCGGUCUCGCCAACUCUUUUCUUACCAUCAAGAAGGACCUCUGUCUCUGUCAUGCCCAUAUGACAUGCCCUAGUGGGGAGGAAGCAAUGGAGAAAUACAGCCAGCUUAUGAGCCACUACGAAGAGCUUCAGCCUCAGGCAGCAGUGGUGAAGGCUUUGGGGGAGCUAGACAUUCUCCUGAGCUGGAUGGAGAUGGACUAG